AGAACGAUGAGAACAGCCACUGAACAGCUCAAAUAUAAUCAGCUGAUGGGAAUUUCGGAAUUCCAAAGGAAUUCCAUCCUAGGAUUUGUAGGAGGAGGUCAGCAUCAGCGUCAACAAAUCCGUUAGCCGCGUCAGCACAAUCACAACUGUUUUUAUAUUUUAUUUUUCAAAUGCUAUACAGAGAAAAACUUAAGUUAAUUUUUCCAAUUAUUGUUCUGUUUAAACUUAAUCUAUAUGUCGGUUCUCAUAUCUUUCAAAAGUCGGCCUAUUUGGGCUAUAAUAUACAUAUUUAAUUUGAAAUAAAAUGUUUUUGCCAACACGAUUAUUAUUUAGAAACUAGAAAGUUGAAAGCUUUAUCUAGAUGAUAAGAUAAAUACUGUAGUUGUUAUUGAAAACCUAAAGCACCAUUGAAUUUUGUAUUGUAAUUUUAUAUCAUCAGUAGUUAUACAAGAUGAAGGGAAGCAAUCAAAGCAACGAAAAAGUACACAAAACAGUCUACGUCGUUUUUGCAUCACUUUUACUAGACUUAUUAGCAUUUACUAUGAUUUUACCAUUAUUACCGUCACUGUUAGAUUAUUAUAAAGAUCAUGACUCCUCAGGACUAUAUUCUUGGUUAUCAGACCAAGUAUACUACUUCCAAAAGGUUGUAGGGGCACCAGAUAAAUUUAAUUCAGUUUUAUUUGGUGGCUUUCUUGGUUCUUUAUUCAGUUUUUUGCAAUUUGUUACAUCACCUAUUAUUGGAGGCAUAUCAGAUGUUGUUGGAAGAAAACCUGUGAUGAUUACUUGUUUGAUUGGAAUUGCUUUAUCAUACAUACUAUGGGCGUUAUCAAACAAUCUCUUAUUAUUUAUUUUGGCCCGAAUUAUUGGGGGUAUUAGUAAGGGAAACGUCUCGAUAAGUAUGGCCAUAAUAACUGAUGUCUCUACAAUAAACACCCGUGGAAAGGGAAUGGCAUUCGUGGGUAUAGCGUUUUCUCUGGGAUUUAUAAUUGGGCCAAUGAUAGGGGCUAUAUUUGCGUUAUGGGCAAAACAGAAAACAGGAAAUUGGUAUGUUGUACCUGCCCUUUUUGCUCUAAUGCUCUCCAUAGCUGAUAUAAUAUUUUUUUCAUAUUUUUUCAAGGAAUCACUUCCAAAAGAAAAACGUGCCAAAAGUUUUUCAACAACACUUGAAAAUACAAAAAAUUUUAUCAGUAUUAAAGAUAUUUUCCAAUUUAAUGCUGUUACGAAAAUAAAACCAUCAGACUUAAAGGAACUUCAAAGACUGGGAUUAAUAUAUUUUGUAUAUUUAUUUAUAUAUAGUGGAUUAGAAUUUACUUUAACUUUUUUGACACAUCACGUUUUUAAGUAUACUUCUAUGCAACAAGGAUGGAUGUUUUUCGCUAUAGGGGUUACUAUGGCAUUGAUACAAGGAGGCUACGUCAGAAAAAUACCUCCACAAAAAAUUAAAGCAUCAGGAGUAUUAGGUCUCUGGAUUAUUAUUCCAUCAUUUAUUUGUGUUGGAUUGGCAACUGGACCUUUGAUGUUAUACCUUGGCUUAUUUUUAUAUGCUGUUUCAACAUCUAUGGUUGUACCAUCGAUAACUACACUGGCAUCGCAAUAUGGAACUGGACAACAAAAAGGAACUGUAAUGGGUAUAUUCCGAUCUUUAGGAGCAUUAGCUAGGGCUUUGGGACCAAUCGUAGCGAGUAUUGCAUUUUGGUGUGUUGGAUCCAGGAUAACGUAUUUAACCGGAGCUGUCUUCCUAUUUUGGCCUGUGUUGGCAUUAAGGAAAAUGUGAUAUACCUAUUUUGUUAGAACAGCUAAAAGCGACAAAAUAGCCAUAAAAUUGCUGUAAAUAAUUCGAAAUUUAAUGCUGGAUUCAUACAGGAAGUAAAAUACCAAUAAGAAAUACGAACACCCAAUAAGAAUUCAUGGGAAACACCUGCCUAUUCAUAAUGUUUAAAAUAUAUCUAAAUAAAAUAGAGAACACAAUACCCAAAAAAUAAUUUCGGAAAUUAUUCUAGUUAAAAUGUUUCCAAUAACCAAUCACUCUCAUGUUAGAGGUCCGAUACAUGCGCACUUAGACUUUCAAAUAAAGACUAAAUAAAAGGUAACCAUUCCUUAUUUCAUUUCAUAUGAGUAUUGGUUAAGGAAUAAAACAACAGCAAAAAAUAGCAUGGAACUUAAAAUGAUAUUGAAAUGAAAGAAUAAAAACAUUUUUGUUGCAGCCACUGGUUCAAUUGUUUUCGUUUUAAAAACGUGUUUAUGUUAUCAACAUUACUCACAUUAGUAGCCAAAUUCGAUACCUAUACCUAGCCCAAAAGAAUAUCCCUUUGCUAAAAACUUGUAUCAUGAGAUGGUAUACGGUAUACCCGCUCUUAGUGUCAAUAGUCAUGUUUUCUCCAUAAAAUGCCCCAAUUUCUGGAAAAAUUUGUCAAUAUCUAUUAUUUUUAUCAUGUUAUUUGUCUGUAUAGAUCCAGCAUUAUAAUUUUUUUAAUUUUGGAAUUUCACAUCUAAAUAGAGUGAUAUUGACCUGUAGAACCAAGGAACUUAUUUUCUCAACAUCAUUGCAUUUUAUCAGUACCAUAACAAAGUUAGGAAAGCAUGGAGCCAUAUUUCAAUUUUAAUAAAAGAAGAAAGAUAAUUACAAUGUUCCUAUUAAAAAUUUUUUUGAAGAAAUUACUAAAAGAAGAAAAACCUAACAUUUUGUUAUGACAUAUUAUAGCCCUUGAAAGUGAUUAAAAAUUUUCAUUCCAGCAGAAAGCUUUUUAGAAUUAAUUGCAUAUCUGCCAAUAUCAGUACCUAGUGUUUGUCGUAGUCAUUAAUAGUUAAGAUCAUACAGCCAAUAUAAUGACAGAAAUAUAGACUGUGGGCAUGUAGUAGCGUGCUUUUCAGAACAAUGACAUGAAUAACCCCUUCAACAAACAAGUUUUGAUUCAUACUCCAUAAAAUAUGAGGAGCCCAGACUCCACUCCACAGGUUUUCUUUUAUGAUGAAUAAAGGAUUUUGGAGAGUUAUGAAUGUCUUUGGUAAUUUUCACACGUUUUUUUAUAGUUUUCUGUCUAGGUUUUUGAGAAAAAAAUCUUCAAAUUUAUUUCACAAUAUUUAUUUGUAUUCUCACAGUAGCCACUUUUAACAAGUUUCAAUAUGCUCGGUAUCAUGCGACAAUAAAAAAACAAUGAUUGAAUUAACCGUGAUUCCGAAAUUGGCCUAAAAACAAAUACAUGCCUGUUCAGUUUUUUCAUUGGGCGUCCGGACGUUUUCAAAAAAACCGUCAAGUAUCGCAAACAUUUUGAGCAUGCCACAACAUAUAUUUUUUGAACUAUCAUUUCAAAAUCGACCAAUUUUGUGAAUGAACCCCCUCAAUCUUGCUUCAGUUUCGAUUUUUCUCAAAAAAAAUAUUGUUUUUAUUUGGGGAUUUCAUUUCCUGCUCUACUUAACACAUUUUUGAAAAUUUAUUCAGGCAUCAGAAAUUAUCAGGUCUGGUACACAGCUAAUAUUUCUGACUUAAAAUAGUGUUCAACCAGGCAGAGCAAAAAAAAAAAAAUGAAAACUCUAGUAGAAUUCCUUCCAAUCAGUACAGUCAGUAUUUUCAAUUCCUACCUACAUAUAUUUUUAUAUAUUUUUUUCGUAUAUAUCCAUUAAUAAUUUUGUAUUUUUGUAUACGUACUUUUUUGUACUAAAUUUUUACCUAUAGUAUUAGCUUGUACCUUUACUAGUAUUAUCUACUAAAUUUUAUAUUGAACGUGUUAGGUAUUUUAUUUAAUACGGGUCGUUAUGUCAGUGUUUUCACUGUUUCUUAUAUUAUGAUGUUAUGUGUUUUCUUACUGGCAACAAAUUAAUUUGGCUGGCGAUAUCAAUUAUUAGGUAUGUAAUAUUGAUAUAAAAUUGUUAUAUUUAGAUGAGAGUUUUAUUUAUUUAUCAAAUUGUUGUUAUGCCUAAUUUAUUUAUUCUAAAAACUCAAUAUUUUUUUAAUUUAAUUAAUUUUUAUUCUUUUUUUUUUAAUGUAUUUUGAGAGUAUAUGUUUUGAAUUAGGUAUUAAAGUUCAACUCAAAUAAAUAUUUACUUCGGUUAUGUUGUUCCAA